AUGAUCGUAUCAGGUUCUUUGGGUCGUCAAAUAGUACCAGAAAUCGAAGCAUUGCCACAACUGGAAGCAAUUUAUGUGUUUUGUGGCAACCAAUCGGUUCAUGAACAAUGGGCUAAAAAAAUAAGCAAGGUUAAGGGUGUAUACACAAAAAUAGAACCAAUUUGUCAAGCACUUGAAAUGGAUCGACAACGAUGUGAUCAAGCUAUGAUCCCGAUCAGCUUUAAUGGUCGUGAUGCAUUAUUUAUGUAUACACAACUUUUAAAAGAAGCGCUUUUGGAAAUUGAAGAUGACGAUGUCAAAUCGAUUAAAGAUCUCGUCGAAUACUGUCGUCUGCAAGAUGAUAUUGAUGAAGAUGAAAUAAAAAAAGUGCAGCGAGAAUACCGAAACCAGACACCAAUUUGGUGGUAUACGGCUCCUUAUUUCAUGUACUCAAUGCUCAAUCGUGGGCUCCGAGAAAUGGAUGUCGAUAUUAUCCUGAAGAUGGGCUUUUUCAUCCGACAUCUACAUCAGCAUAUUACAAAAUUACAUUCUGAACAACAAGGAAACAUGCCAACAAAUUUUCAAGUCUUCCGUGGACAAGGUUUGUCCAUGGAAGAUUUUGAAAAAAUGAAAAAAACCAAAGGAGGACUUAUGUCCUUCAAUAAUUUUCUGUCAACAAGUCGCAAUCGUGAGAUAUCUUUCAAAAACUUUGCACGACCAGCAGCGUUAAAUACAAAUUCAGUUGGUAUUCUCUUCAUUAUGAACAUUGACACGGCUAUUUGCACAAAAUUCUCAACACCAUUUGCUGAAGAUUCCAUACAAGAAAAACAAAUUCUCUUACUUAUUAAAUAA